CAGCUAUAGUCCAGUAUUGCACUGGCGCCUUGUGUUCAGUGUUUGAGAUAGGAGCCGGCGAGUAACGCGGCUGUGAGGCGGUAGGAGAUGCUGUCGCUCUCCUUGAGUGUCUCACAGCAGUCCUGCCUGGAGCGAGAAACACAGUUGGAACAGGAAGCGGAGGAGGGAUGAGAGGGCCGCGUGCGGGAGAGCUCUCAAAGCACAAUCAUGCAGAGCACUCCCGGGAGGAAGCGCCACCGUAGCCCACAGGCAGUAAAUGGCACAAAACUGAUGCACCAUUAUUUGGGCCCUCCCCGUUACAGUCUUCUAUCUGAGAUUGGACGCGGUAGCUACGGUGUAGUGUAUGAAGCAAUAGCUCGCAAAACUGGGGCACGAGUGGCUGUGAAAAAGAUCCGCUGCGAUGCGCCCGAAAACGUGGAACUUGCGCUGUCCGAGUUUUGGGCCCUCACAAGCCUCAGACGACGGCACCCUAACAUAGUGCGGUUUGAGGAGUGUGUAUUGCAGAAGAACGGCCUAGCGCAGAAGAUGAGCCAUGGGAACAAGAGUUCACAUCUCUACCUUAGGCUCGUUGAGACCUCGCUCAAAGGGGAGCGUAUUUUGGGAUACUCUGAGGAAGCCUGUUAUCUUUGGUUUGUUAUGGAGUUCUGUGAGGGUGGUGAUCUUAACCAGUAUGUCCUGUCUAGGCGUCCAGAUCCAGCCAUAAACAAAAGCUUCAUGUUGCAACUGACCAGUGCCAUUGCCUUCCUGCAUAAGAACCAAAUUGUUCACCGUGACCUGAAGCCUGACAACAUAUUGAUUACAGAACGAUCUGGCUCUCCCAUACUUAAAGUGGCAGAUUUUGGUCUCAGCAAAGUGUGUGCUGGUGUAGCACCUCGUGGGAAGGAUACUUCUACAGGCGCUGGCAAUGAGAACAAGACAGUGAAUGUUAACAAGUUUUGGCUGUCAUCUGCAUGUGGGUCGGAUUUUUACAUGGCACCCGAAGUGUGGGAAGGACAUUACACAGCAAAAGCUGACAUCUUUGCACUGGGCAUUAUCAUCUGGGCCAUGAUCGAACGUAUCACAUUUGUUGACGCAGAUACCAAGAAGGAGCUCUUAGGGACCUACAUUAAACAGGGCAGUGAAAUUGUACCUGUGGGGGAAGCGUUGCUAGAGAAUCCAAAGAUGGAACUUCACAUCCCACAGAAACGUAGGACUUCCAUGUCUGAGGGUAUCCGAAGGCUGCUCAAAGACAUGUUAGCUGCAAACCCACAGGAUAGACCUGAUGCUUUUGAGUUGGAGACACGUAUGGACCAGGUUACAUGUGCUGCUUGAGGAUUUUGUGCUGGUUUAAGAUGAAGCCACCCGUUACCUCCCAAGCUGUGGACACGAGUGUACAUCCUUAACACCACCCUGUGAUUGACCUCUGCACUGGGAUGUGAAUGAGUAGACUGUUAAUAAAUGCUCUAACACCUCUAGAAGUUGGUUCUUGCGUCUUUCCACAGUCACUUUUGGAUGCUGUGUAACCCACCAAGUGACCGCACUGAUCCUCAAUGUAAUGACUGAUGCGUUGCAUAAAGAUUAAAUAUAUUGGCUCAUGACAUACCCCCUCCUUUUGAUAGUGCCAUAUCAUGCAUAGCACCUGUGAUAUGAAAUGUUCCUUAUGGCACUCUUUUAACCUAUAUAUAUGGUAAAAUGAAUUUUAAUAGAAUUAAUGAGCUUUAGAGAACUUCAGGUAGCCUUGAAGUGGUGGAGGGUAAUGUAGGCAUCCACAUGGGUGAUCUGAGCCCACCUGCAUCACUCGACCUUCUCUCACUGUGACCCACCCCCUUCUCCCUUGGAGACUUGAUCCUUUAAUCUUAUGCAUGUCACUGCUCACUCUUAGUUCUCAGGGAUGUCAGUCACAAUCUUUCAGAGUUUGAUGGGAUGUCUUGUGUACAUGUGUAAUCUCCUUGUGCCUCUCCUGCAAUAUCACACCUUUCCUGGCUUCCUCUGCUUGGGCGGGCCUACAGAUUUAUUAUAUAUGGUUUUCAAAGCCUCUACCGAAGUGCCUGUUAAUAGAUGGAGGGGAAGGAUCCUGUCUAGAGGGAACUUGCACUGUCCUUUUAACUAAACCUUGUCUUGUGUUAAGUUGUGCCUUAUUUAACCCCUUGCUCAGGCCCACCUGUUAUAUCCUUCACUUCUGGAGGGACUGUGAUGCAGGCAGCUCAUUGUGAGAAAAGCACAGUGUAAAGGGGACUAGAGGGUUCUGGUUGCUUCUUAUUUUGUAAGAUAAUGCUUGUUAUGUGAUGACCUGGUCCACAUUGCUAUAGGGGUAUUUCAGGUUAGGAUGGGUAGAGAUUUUUUUUAUUUUUAUUAUAUGUGGGGGCAGUCUCAACAAGGAAGAUCCAAACCUAGUCUUCAGUGAAGACAACCUGUUUAUCUUUGGACCUUCCUUUAGGUUGUGCCUGGCAAAAAAAAAAGUCCUAAGUGCACCCGCCAGUGGUUAGAAAGGAGACUUUAAAGGGACAUUAAUGUGUUCAGAAAUGUUAUCAUGAUAGUUAAAGCCCUAUCUAAACAGUGCAUAUUUUUGCAGUGCUGAUCCAUGGGAUAUAGCUGGGGGGCUGAGUGUUUUACAGCAAUACUGGAUGAUGGUGACUUCCUAUAAAAUAUAUAUAUUGCAAUACAUGUUAUAAUUUAGACCUGCUAUACAUAUAUAUCUAGUUUUGUAUCUUUAGUUUAAAGGGACAUUUGCCACAAAAUUUCAUUCCCCAUAGAAGGUUUAAUUAUGCACUUUUAUUAUUUAUUUUUUACCCCAGCUUUUUCCUGUAAUCUUUAAAUCUAAAGAUUUAGUGUCUCCCCACCCCAUGAGAGAGGCUGGUGUGCAUUGAGUGUAAUUCUGAACCCUGACCCUUCUAUGUGCUGCACAGUUGUUGGGUGUCUCUGGACUGAAAAAUGCAGGAAAUUGUGCUAUCAAAAUAUUUUUUACAAAUGUAUGAAUGUAGAAUGUUUGCAAUACAGUAAUUUCUGGUGUAUAUUAAAUGUUAAAUGGUUUUUUUUUUGGUUUGUUUUUUGCCUGCGCGCCCCCCCCCCCCCUCUUAAAAUGUAAAAAUAAAAAAAAGUUGCUGCCUGGAAUGUAGCUCUGAAAACUGCAUUUCCCCACCCCACUUUAAGAAGAUGUUGUAGGGCAUAAUAUAUCUUCUCACUGGUUAAUAAACACAAACAAAAGGUAACUAAAGAACCUAAAUGAAAGAAAUGAAUGUAGUGCUUUUGUUUGCCAUUUCUGCGAGUGCUGCACACUUGUGAUUCUGUGUAUGGGGCAGUGCAACAGUCUAAAGUUUAGUGUAGUUGCUGCAAGAGUGGGGAACUUUAAUGUCCUUUUAACACCUUUUCUUAGGUAGCUAAUUAGUUUACUGUUCAAAAGUUUUUUUUUUUUUUUUUUUUUCAUGAUUCAGAGUGUAAAAUUUAAUUUAUUUUUUUUACCAAUUUUACUUAUCACAUUUUUACUUUUUGUUCUCUUUGGAUCCUUUUUGUUGAAAAGCAGGCUGGGAGGCUCAGGAGUGUGCAUGUUUCUUGAGGGCUAUAUGGCAGCAGUUUAAGAAUAAUUUGAAUGUUAUACAUUUGCAAGAGCACUAGGUGGCAGCACUUUUCCUGUCAUGUAGUGCUCAAGAGAUGUGCAAACUACCUACCCAGGUAUGCUAUUAAAGAAAGGAUACUAUGAGAACAAAUACAUUUUUCAUAAUAGAAGUACAUUGGGGUAAUAAAAUUCCCCCUACAUUACACAAGAAAACAUUUUGAGUUUCAUGUCUUUUUAAUAAUGCUGAUUCUUGCUCCGUGCUUUUUUCCUAUGUUGGUCACUUUGUAUUGCUUUCUAGCACUGAUUAGAUUUGUUUCACCCCGGCUUACUGGUGUCUGAAAGUGCCAGGAACAAUCUCAUUUUCAUGCGGCUCAGUGAAAGGAAAUGUAACAACUUCAUCUGUGUUCAAGAAGAGAUUUCAAUUCAUCCUUGGCCCCUAAUAUUGUACGAAAACAUGCUGCUGCUUGUCUUUUGGUUCCCUGGUUGGAGAGCUGUGUAAUAUUGGGGUCACUAUAUAAGUUAUUUGGAGCAGUCUAGCCUAGUGGGUGCUGUUUAGUGUUCUCUUUAUUCCUCUAAUGGUUGUGAUCUGUUGCUGGACCACUUCACUCAAAUGUGGUGCUUGUCCAGUUUUGUGUACAUUUGUCUUAAGUUAACUGGUGCAUUUAUUUAUUGUUUCCCGACUGGUAAGGGAGUCACUUUUAUCUACCUUUCCAGACUGAGAAGUGCUGUUAUGACUCCUUAAUGGGGACCGUUAACAAAUUGGGAUUGUAAUACAAACUGUUCAGUUAUGUGUAAUACAACAGCUUUGAAAUAUACUUUGGAAAAUGUGUUUUUGAGUUCUAUGAUCUCAAAGUGCAUGUGGCAGGCUUCACAAGUCUAACCCUGUCACAUAUCUGUCCUUCAGUGGCAUUUGCAAUGACUGGAUAAGAUCUACAAAACAAAACUAGCUGUCUCUUCUCCAAAUAAAGGCAAGUAAUAAGUAGAUGCCUGAUGCUGUUGAUAAACCAUUGCAUCAAGCAAGGUGUUAAUACAUUCCAAACUUUCACUCUUACCUGCUUAAAAAAAAAAAAAAAUCUAAAUACAAGUUGCAAAGUGUCAAGUCUGCUGCUGGCAGCACUCCCAAAAUACUGUCUCUUUGGAAGACCCUGUACUGCGGCCUAAUCCCACUGGAUAGAACAACCCUAAGGCAUGUUGGAGGAAUAUACAUAUAUAUUGGCAUCAGUUACAGCCCAUGAUAAGGCUGCCACUCACCCAUUUUCCUUCUACUCUGCAUUCAUGGUGUGCUGGGCUGUGGAAUGUCACUGUUAUGUCUGGGAUGUAUGCAGGAGUGCUCUUACAGUAAAUUGCUGUACUGGUCACUGCCAUUUUUUUAUGGGGGAUGGGCUGUGAUCAUGUAGGCAGCUGGUGAAAGCUUCCAAUGGUGUUUUUUUAUUUUAUUAUUAUUUAGGGACAGUAAAUCUUACCCCCCCCCCCCCUCCCUCUGUAUUGCCAAUGAACCUACUGGAGUGUAUUUGUGUUGUUCAUGAAUAACUUCUUUACCUUUAUUUUGUCAUUUGCAAUGGCUUCUGAUUCAGAGCAUACCAUUUUUAAAGACUUCCCAAUUUAUUUUUAAAUUGAAAUGGCUUCUGAUUCAGAGCAUACCAUUUUUAAAAAGACUUCCCAAUUUAUUAAAUUGUUUACAAUCUUUUUAUAUGCACACUUUGAGGCACUAACUCUUAAAGGGACACUCAGGUUAAAUUAAAUUUUCAUGAUUCAGAUACAGCAUGUAAUUUUAAAAACUUUCCAAUUUACUUCCAUUAAAAAAAAAUGUGCACAGUCUUUUAUAUUUACACUUUUUAAGUCACCAGAUCCUACUGAGCAUGUGCAAGAAUUCACAGACUAUACGUAUAUGCAUUUGUGAUUGGCUGAUUGCUAUCACAUGGUACAAGGGGAUUGGAAAUAUACAUAACUGAAAUUUGUUAUAAAAAAAUCUACUCAUUUGAAGUUCAGACUGCAUUGUGCUAUUGCAUUGUCUUGUUAUCUUGCAUUUGUUGAUUAUGCAAAUCUAAUGUGUUGAUUGGUCCUUUAAUAAUCAUGUUCAAGAGUUCAGUGUAUACGUAUGAGUCUGUUUUAGUGAUUUACAUGCUGUAACAUGAUACAGGGCCAGACAUAUGCAAGAAAUUUAAAAUUUGUCAAAACUCUCAAUUUAAAAUUCAGAGUAAAUGCUAUUGCAUUACCUUUUUACUAUGCAUUUGUUAAUUUAUGCAAUUCUGCUAUUUUUAAUGAUAGAAUAGCUAAGGUGCUGAAGAAACCACACUCUUCAGCAAUUUAAUAUACAAAAAUAAACAUAAAUGCCCACAUUCCCAUACAUGUUAAGGAACAUACUACAAAAAUAAAUGGUUUUCCCUUAAAGGGGUAGUCAAGUUAAAAGAAAAAACUUUCAUGAUUUAAAGAGGGCAUGCUAUUUUAAACACCUUUCCAAUUUUCUUUUAUUACCAAUUUUGCUUUGUUCUCUUGGUAUUCUUAGUUGAAAGCUAAACCUCGGAUGUUCAUAAGAUAAUUUCUUAGACCUUGAAGGCCGCCUCUAAUCUUAAAGCAUUUUGACAGUUGUUCGCCACUAGAGGGCGUUAGUUCAUGUGUUUCAUAUAGAUAACAUUAAAGGGACAGUCUAGGCCAAAAUAAACUUUCAUGAUUCAGAUAGCGCAUGUCAUUUUAAACAAUUUUCCAAUUUACUUUUAUCACCAAUUUUGCUUUGUUCUCUUGGUGUUCUUAGUUGAAAGCUUAACCUAGGAGGAGGUUCAUAUGCUAAUUUCUUAGACCUUGAAGGCCACCUCCUUUUCAGAAUGCAUUUUAACAGUUUUUCACCACUAGAGGGUGUUAGUUCACGUAUUUCAUAUAGAUAACUUCACGUGCAUGAGCACAGUGUUAUCUGGGAGCAAGCACUGAUUGGCUAAACUGCAAGUCUGUCAAAAGAACUGAAAUAAAGGGGCAGUUUGCAGAGGCUUAGAUACAAGAUAAUCACAGAGGUUAAAAGUAUAUUAUAACUGUGUUGGUCAUGCAAACCUGGGGAAUGUGUAAUAAAGGGAUUAUCUAUCAUUUGAAACAAUAACAAUUCUGGUGUAGACUGUCCCUUUAAGCUCAGGCAUGUGAAGCUCCUGGGAGUGAGCACUGAUUGGCUAAAAAUGCAAGUCUGUCAAAAGAACUCAAAUAAGGGAGCAGUUUGCAGAGGCAUAGAUACAAGGUAAUUACAGAGGUAAAAAGUAUAUUAAUAUAACUGUUGGUUAUGCAAAACUGGGGAAUAGGUAAUUAAAGGAUUAAAUAUCUUUUUAAACAAAAAUUCUGGUGUUGACUGUCCCUUUUAAUGUGUUCCCAAUUACUUGUUUAUACUAGCUGCAGAAUAGAAAAUGUAUGGAAUAACUAUUUUGAUUUAUGCCUCAAUUCAUUGUUCUCAAGAACAUGCCUAUAUAAAUGGGCUUAGUCUGCAGAUAUAGCAAACCGCCUAAUCCUUUCUGUCUAAGGCGUCCUUAUUUUAUCUGCCUGCACACAAUAGCCAAUACCUAUAGAAAUUCUAAAGGAAAAUGUUAUUACGUUCACAACCCCACUGGGAACUUGCUUGCUCUUGUUUACAUAGCUUUUCUGUAGAGGAUACUGGCAUAUUAAUAUUUUCAGUAUAGCUGGUGGUUUAAGCAGGCAAAAGUAGUUAUAUUAAAUAUCAAUAAAGGUAAAUUUAGCUAUUUUCUAACUUUUUUUUUUUUUUUUUAUUAAGGAAACUUGUUGCAACUACUUUUUGAUAACACCACAUUGAAUACACUUUGCUUUACAAAGAGCUCUAUAGUUUACUUACAGGAGUCCAUAAUGUAAAGUGUCAAGGAAACCCAAAAGAACAAGAGGAGCAAAGGCAAACAGUGGGUCAUAGUCUCUUGGAAGGUUCAUUUUUCUUCCUUUUUGGCAAGUAAGAAGCUCUUUUCACUAUAUAUUUAUUGAUAUGUGCAUUGGAUAGCAAGACAUUAAUGUGGGCUUAUAUCAUUCAGAAGGGCAAAGGAAGAUAAAAGGAACGUAUAGGGAUAAAGGGAAGGGUGAGUGAGCUAUUUAUAAACACAUUGAUGCACUCCAGUGUGUAAUAUAGACCAUUUGGAGCACAUUAAUGCAGAGACAAAUUUUACAGUAGAAUUGUCCCUUUAAACUUGGCACCUGGCAUACCAAGUCAUUGGAAAAACUAAUUUACUGUUCCCUUCUCCCAUUUUAAAAAUAAACCACAUAAAACUAUAGUCUCUAUAGGGACAUGAAACCUAAACUUUCUCUUUAAUCAUUCAGAAAGAGCAUACCAUUUUGUAAACUGUCUAUCUUCUAUUUCAUUUGCUUCAUUCUCUUAGUAUCCUUUUUUUGAAUUUGUAACAAUGCAGUACUGAGAGGUAGCUGAGAACAUUAGUGCAGUGAACAAUCAGAAGCAAGCUGUCAGCAGUGCAUUGCUACUGUUGAGCCUACCUAGGUAUGCAUUUGAAAAAAGGAAGUUGCGUGCUUUGUUUUAUUGAUAUCCCUUGUUGGUUAGCAUACUUUGGUAGGCUCAGCGGUAAUUCACUCCUGGGAACUAGUUGCUGAUUGGUGGCUGCACAUGAAUGCCUCGUCAUUGGUUCACCAUGUACUCGGCUAGCAAAUUUAUUUUGCAAAUUCAAGUUACCCUUUUCAUCCUGGAGCAUAUUUAGCAUGCAGGUUUAAUGCACUGUUUCUCUUAGAUUUUCUGAGAUCCAUCCUUUUUUUUUUUUUUUUUUCCUGAAUACCCAUAACAGCAUUGUGAGUCUUUAAUUAGUGCUUAUUUUGUGGAUUAUUUUCUCCUCCCCCCCACCCUGCCUUGAAAUGAGCUCUGGACACUCAAUUUCACUUUGACACCCUCAUCAGAGAGCUGCUGUUUGAUACCUGCAUAUCCUCUUUGUUUUGCACAUAUGCUGGUGACAGGACCUUUUUAAUAUACUUUGUUUUUAUUGUGACCUGUUUGCAUUUAUGGUGUUUUAUGUAUUUGUUUUUGUUGGACUCCUAAGUAAUUCCUGAUGCGUGUGUCUGUGAUGUAAAUGAUUUGUGAGUAAAUAAAAUAAAAUUUAAAAAAA